AUGGACCUCAACAACACGGAGCCCAAGCAACCCCGGCAAAAGAUCAAGGCUGAACUUCCGGUGUCUACUGGCUCCUAUGCCAAUCCACAACCGGCUUCCCAGCUCAAGCGUUGUCAAGAGGAAUCACCAGACGCGCCCAUUUGUAACUUGGUGCUCCCUCCUGAUCCCCUUGCCUCCGCAUCCUUCCCCCAGCCCAAGAGGGCUUGCAAGACCAAGCUCCCGCCUUUGCCUGAACCCAAGCUCAAACUCAAGCUCAAACCCAAGUCUGAACCCAAACCCAAGCCUAAACCCAAGCCCAAGCCCAAAUCCAAACCCGCCCCCAAGCCCAAGGCCCCAGCCAAGUCAAAGGCAAACGGCGCAACAACCAGCACCGCCGCCAAAACCCGUCCUACGCCUGGCCCUACCUGCUCUUUGACCAAGCCGCCCACCGGUACCAGCACAAACACGGAGCCAGAUAUUGCUGCUCCAGCUUGCCAGCGCAAGCUUCCAAACAUCAAUCCGCCCACUGAUGGUUCAACGGCCAAGCCAAACGGUCCCACUGACAGCAAGCCUGCGCCUGCGCCUCUGCGUACGCGGUCAAUCCGGCCCAAAAUGAGGCCGGUGCCUCUGCCAACACCUCCCCCAGUUGACGCCACUGAUGCUGUGAACUGCCACGCCAACCACCCAGGGCCCAACCCCAACGUUCAACGUCCGAUGCGCAGGCAAGGCUUGCAAUCAAGCAAUGCUGCUCUUGCUGCCAUGGAUCAAACUUCUGCAGCGCUUUGA